AUGUUGUGUUUUUACACAGUAACAACAUGUCUGCCUCCUUGGUGAGGGCGACCGUUCGAGCGGUCAGUAAAAGGAAGAUUCUACCCACUAAAGCUGCACUGACCCUGACACCAGCUGCUGUGGACAGAAUCAGGCUGUUGCUGCAGGAGAAGCCUGACUAUAUUGGUUUAAAGGUUGGAGUAAAAACACGGGGCUGUAAUGGUUUGUCUUACACACUGGAUUAUACCAAGGAGAAAGAGAAGUCAGAUGAGGAGGUGGUGCAGGAUGGUGUGAGGGUCUUCAUAGAGAAGAAAGCCCAGCUCACCCUGCUGGGCACAGAGAUGGACUACGUGGAGUCAAAACUGUCCAGUGAGUUUGUCUUCAACAACCCCAACAUCAAGGGCACGUGUGGAUGCGGAGAAAGCUUCAACAUCUGAGCGUCUCCGUGUCCUUGCCAACUCUCCUCUACCACCACUGACCCACAAGACUGAGACCGGAUGUUGACCGGGAGGAGGCAGAAGAGAGGACUUUUCCUGCUACUUCUUUCCUUUGCAGACCACUGGCCGGAGCCUGAAGUUUAAAUCUUGCUUUCUCUACAGGAAAGUUUCAGGCUAAUCAACAAAAUCAUCUGUGAUUUUUUUUUUACAUUUUAGCUUGAUACUCUUUGAUGUCAAGUUCUGUGUCACAAAUCAUUGUGAGGGACCUCGAAAGUAGAUGUCGUCCUUUAGCUGCCGCUCAGCAUUUCACGCACAAAAGUAUACUUGAGUCAGAAACGUAAGACGCUACAUUCAGACAGAGCAGAUUUUGAAAUCAUGACCUAAACUCUGGGCAGAUUCAGUUAAACAAAUACUUCACCUGUGUAUGCCUGAGCUAGUGCUGCAUCAGAAAUAAGAUAUUUUUUUUAUCAGUUAGCUGGGAUCUAACUUUUUUUUUUCCAUCCUGCUAACAUCUGUUUGAUUUGUAUCAAUGUUAUUGCAGUUGCUAGCCAUAUGUUGCCAGCACAGCUGUACCUAAUAUAGCUGUGUGAGCCAAUGUUGGGCCCCAGAUAGACAUGCUGUCGGUGCCUUAGCCCCACCUCGCUAACUCUGUAUAUGUGUUAGCGCAGCAGUAGUAUUCCAUGUAGUCAUUUCAUCAGUAUCUGGUACAAUAUUGUUCUAUAAGGAGCAUCUACGAGAAUUAGAUUUUGCCACACUAUACUUUGCAUUUUUCAAUAUAGUCGAAAAAAGAUUGAGGUGUGAAUGUUAGCAUCAUGUGAUCAACGCAGUUGUUAACUAUAUUUAAUUUUAGGUGUAAUUAAAUGUGCAGGUGCAUCAUGGGAUAUGGAGGCUGCUACCAUGACAGCAUAGUAAAAGAAGGCUAAUGGCUAACCUGCAGAAAACAAUUGUUGAGGGCUUGGAUCAUGUUUUCCGUUUGUAUAGGUUAUGAAAAUGUAAACGUAUAUUUAUCGUUAUGUAAAUGUAUGUAACUAUGUGGAACGCAACAACAACAAAGAAAACACACAAAAA